GUUCCUGACAUUCCACUUCCUCCUCUGCCAUCGACAAACCCGCAACCCGCAAAUCGUCUCCAGAUCCUCGACUCAGGCUGCAUAGCGCGCGAUUCUGACAUUUGACUUGCCGUCUCUCAAUCGACUCUCGAUUUGUAAGGCCGCUGCGCGCAUCGCCAACUACGAGUGAUACGCUGUUCUAAUAGCUGCCGGACAGCUUCGUCUACAACCCGCCAAAAUGACGCUCAGGGAAGAGUUCCAGACUCGAAAUUUCAGUAUCUACGGACAAUGGUUCGGCAUUCUGUCCAUGAUUCUCUGUUUCGCAACAGGGCUGGCCAAUAUCUUUACGCUAUUCUCUAGGCAUGCGCUCUUGAUUAUAUUCUGCGCCCUUGCGCUGGCCUCAUCUCUCGUCAUCCUGUUCAUCGAAGUGCCUCUCCUGCUCAGAAUCUGCCCGACAUCCUCCAAGUUCGACGAACUCAUCCGGAAGGUCUCGUCCAACUAUAUCCGAGCAGGUACCUACGGCGUCAUGUCUCUCAUCCAAUUUCUCAGCAUUAUCGUUGUGAGCUCGAGUUUGAUCGCAGCAGCCGUUUUCCUAGCGCUUACGGCCAUCUGCUACGGCCUUGCUGGACUCAAGGGCCAGGCUUUCAUUGGAAGCAAGACCCUUGGUGGUGCAGGCAUUGCACAGAUGAUUGUAUAAAGGCUCUUGUGACCUGGCAUCUACGGUGAAGAAAGAAAAGGGGACAAGGAGAGUAGCAGAGACGAAGACUUUUGACGAUACGUUUUAUUGCAUGAAACGACGUAUGAUUCGAAUGAGCUGGGCGGAGUGAUGAGACUUGGGACUUGGACAAAAAAAAUUUUGCAAGCAAGGCAAAUGAGUUGAAUUUUUUCUAGCCUGUAUUUCUUCUGACUGCUUGCCUGGGGGUGUUUGUGGGCCUUUUUAUCCAAAGGGUAUUCCGGCGUCAGGAAUGAGGCAUGGCCUAUAUGGUUGAUUUCAAUAGCUGCUUCUGUGCGUUUCUCACAGGGCCAUGUUUAGUGAAAUAGAGUUUCUAAAUGAUGUUUACUGUUGAUUUUUUAUC